GUAAUUCAACAAUUAGUUGAAACGAUUAAAAUUGAUGACAAUAAUCCAAUAGUAGGAGACACGCAAAAUGCUUAAUCAUCUGAUGUAUAUGACUACAAAUUAUUUGAUUGUGAUAAUAUUGCUACAGAUACUUUAUAUGAAGAUAUAUGCAGCAGUGAUGAGGAAUUGUCAUCUCUUUUAAAGGAAACAAUGAAAAGUGCCAAUACGGUACGGGAUUUACUAGAUGACAGCGAAUUUUUUAAAUUAAUGUCGUUACACGUUAAAAGAAGUCCUGCUGAAUUAUUAUUGAUGGCUCUAAAAUAUUCUCUAUCAAAUUCGUUAUCCGUUUCAGUGUUGGCAUUGAAAACAUCAAUAGUUGCAUGGCAAUGUCUUCUCCAAAUUUGAUGUGGUCAACUGUGGACUGCAUGUUAUUAAAAAAUUUUAUCUGCGAGCAAACUCGAAGCUAUCACUAUAAUUAUGGCAGCAUUUCGGUUCCAGCAUCACUAAGGUUUCGUAGCCCAUACAUCAAGCAUUCAUUAUUUGAUUCAACAUCAGCGACAGCUGCUCGAAUUAGCAUACCAACUGCAAUAAAUGAAGCCUUUGAAUAUAUUUAUAACGAUGACGACUCUAUCAAAAAUAGUGCAAACAGUAAUUUAACGAAACCAAUAACUGCAUCCGGCUUCACAAACAGGCUUUUUUCAGCUAAAUAUAAUAAAAUAUUUAAGACACCACUUUCAAAAAUAGCUUCAAAAUCUAAUAUUAAAAUUAAUAGCGGUCCUGUUAAACUUCCCAAUAUUACUAGUUUUUUUGCUAGAAGUUUGGAUAAUGUUCCUUUAAAUCUUGGAACACAUAAAAUAGACUCAAUUGUACAGACCACACUUUUAUCUAAAGAAUAUGUAGAUACAAAUCAAACCAAAUUUGCUGAAACGCCAACCAUCGGUCCAUAUGAUUCUCUAAUUCAGGACUAUCAAGCUGAUGAAGGUGAAACUACAUUCCCAAAAUUUUCAACAGGCGAUAAUAUUUCAGAUGAUGAUGCUAGCACUGUCAUACCAGAAGCAGGAUCCUUAUAUAAAUAUAAUAUUAAAGUGCGCAACAACGGAAAAAUUUUAGAUCAUUCACCAUGAUUAACUUUAAACGUUAUUAUUUUUUUAAUACAUACAUACAUACAGAUAUAGAUGUAGUAUAACGAUGAUGUUUCGUCCAGAAUUCACCAGCCGUUAAGAAAAUUUUGCUUCACUAAUUUUCAGCUUCAAAACCCUGUGCCAAGUUCCAAGUUCCCACCGAUAAGCUUGAGAUACUCGCAACUUCUCAACUUCAGAUUUAGGAAACAAAAUUCUGCUCUGUUCGACUCAGCCUAGCAUGGUGGUUUAGGUAUAUGGUAGUCUAUGGACAAAUAUAACUCAAAAUGCUGGUUACAUUAUCUAUCUACAUAAUAUUUAAAUUGUUUAGUUUAGAAAACGAUGCAUUCUGUAAACAUCCUUAUAUUUUGUAAAAAUAUUUUGUAAUAGGUAAUUUUUUAUUCUUUAACAUUAUCUGUAAUCAAUGCAUAUAAACACAUAGAUUCAUUUAAGAAAUGUAAUUAUUAAAUCAUUAGUUUUUAUAAACUAUAACAAUAAACAUUAGCAAAGAAACGUACGUACAAACAAACAUACAAAUCUUUUAAUUAUAAUACAAUAAUAAAAUAUAAAUUCUGUAUUUAUUAACUAUAUAUUAUAUUGAUCAUCAUGUUUUUCUAUUGGCUGAGUAAUUAAUUAAUGAAAUAAUUAUAUAAUUGCAAAAUACAUAUGUUGAUAUCAUCAGAUAAAACUGAAUAAGAAAUGUCGUAUUAAUAAAUUUACAUAAAAUGUGAAUUCUAUAUAAUAUCAUUAAAAUUCAAAAUAUAAAAUAUUAACUGAGUCAUCGCCACCUAGACUAUAGUCAAAAUUCAGUUAAAUUCUUGAUAAUAAACUAGCACGCCAUACAUCGCUCGCUAACACUCGCACGGUUUGUAUCUAUUGUUUCAAAAAUCAUCAUGUAUAAUAUAAAGAACAAUUUUAAUUCCUAUUUUUCGGCAUUGUUCGAUGCUGCCAAAAAUAAUGAAAUAAAACUGUAGAAAUGUUUUGUUUGUUAAGUAAAUAAAAGAUAUACGAAAUAGAAAA